AUGGCUUUAUUUUACUAUCUGUCCCCCCGAGAGGGAGGAGAGAAACCCUACAUUUGUCCGUACGAGGGCUGCAGCAAGCGUUAUUCCAACUCCAGUGAUCAUUUUAAACACACCCGCACUCACUACGUGGACAAGCCUUACUGCUGUAAGAUGGCCGGCUGCUUGAAGCGUUACACAGACCCCAGCUCAUUACGGAAACACAUCAAGGCCCAUGGGCAUUUUGUUGCUCAGGAACCAGGAGCUCAGAGCAGGCUGGGGGUGGGGCUAGGCCUCCCUAUGCACCAGGUCAACGCUGAACGUCCCUCCAUGGGCGGGGCUCAGAUCAUCAUUCCUGGAGCAGCUGCUCUCCUGGGGGGCCUGGGGACCUCUUUACCUCUUGCUUUCUGCCACCCCAGAGCCCUGGCCCCCCAUGGUGCACCUCUGUUCUCUGUGGGCAGGGGAGGAAGCAGCAGCAUGGGGCCGCUGAGCAUCUCCGACUCCCCUUUGGUUCACUUCGGACUUUCCGCUGCAUCGGUGUUGGGGCUGGGGGCGCUGGGAAGUCUGGAAUGGAUGGUACGAAAGGAUCCGGAAGGUGAAGAGGAAGACGAAGAAGGUGUGGGGGAGGCAGAGGGGGAGGCGCUGAACCUGUCUUCAGGGGUGGGGUCCAGACAAAAUGACCCUUUGUCCUGGGUGGUGGUUCCCCCGAGGGCGCUCUUCCUCAAACCAGCUGUGGUCAGCUAGAAUGUGCACUUAGACUCCUUCUAAUGAGUACUGGGUUUGUGUGUUCAUGUGUCUGUUUUCUUGUGUGUUUACUUGGAUCUGUGUGGUGACAAA